CUAGCGAACUAACCUGUAGGUGGAACUCGCACUAAAAACUAAUACUUGCCUGGCAAUGCUGCUGUUUCUCCUUUAAAGAAUUUUUGGCUAAGCAGCUGUUUGGGGUGGAGUUAUUACAACAGAGGCUUUCAGUUUCAUUUUUUUUUCCUCUCUGCUCUUAGAAGAAAGGAUAUCCAGCAGAAUAAAAAGAAAAAUAAUGACAGAAGAGAGCAGGUUCUGCAAAAAUUGUAAACGAGAUGUGUCGGCUGCCAAUUUCUCUCUCCAUGAGGCCCACUGCUUGCGGUUUCUCAUUCUCUGUCCAGAAUGUGAUGAACCAGUUGCCCAAAAGGAUAUGAAAGACCAUCAAACAGAAGCACACAAGCAGGUCAGAUGUAAUCUUUGUCACCAAAGCAUGCAGCAGUACCAGUUGGAGCAUCAUGAAACCAAGGAAUGCCACAAACGAGCAAUGAAAUGCAAGAUCUGUGAGCUUGAAAUGCCCUUCAACAAGCUGCAGGAACACUUGAAUACCUGUGCCAGCCGAACAGAGUGGUGUUGGGAGUGUAACAAAUAUAUCAUGUACAGAGACCAGGAUGAACACAAAGAUAUUUGUCAGAACGGUGGUCUGUUCUAUCAUAAGGAUGUGAAAAUUCAAACCAGUGAAGCAUCCACUAAUGCACCAUUUAUUUCUCCCACUGGUACUGGUGGCAAUCUUUGUCGGAAGUGCAAUAAGUCAUUCCCAGAUGACCAGUACUCCCAACAUCUGAAUAAAUGCAGUGCAGCCCAUGAGAUGACAAAAGAUCUUGCUGGCCAGUCAACUUCAAAACUCAGCAGUGAUCCACAACAGUUGUCUUCUUCCCUGGCUCCCUCUUCCUGCUCCAAGAAUGCAAUGGCAUGGAAAGAUGUCCGUCCCAAAGGGAAAGAAAGGGGCCAGCCAUUGACUUCCAAAACCUUGCUUAAACCCCCAAAGAACAAAAAGAUUGGCUUUCCCUCUCCCACAAGAGGUGGACUUUCCACAUCACCUCAAGCUCUUAAAGACACCCAGUCUUUUGAUGUGAUGGUGACCUGUGCCCAUUGCAACAUUCUUCUGCCGCUUCCAACCCUUCAGAAACAUGAGAUCAAAUGUCUACGUUUUACAUCUUUGAAAAAUGCUAGGAUGAAACAAAAAUCAAGCCAUGGAGAAAAAGAAGACGCUUUCUACAGCAUUCAUGAUUAAAUCUGGAAAUAGAGGCACAUCUUCACAUUGAAGCUUCAGCUCAGCUUUAGCAAAAGGCACUGAAAGUGCAAUAGCUUUAUUAACAAAUAAAAGUGACUUGCUACUCUGGAUCAAGAACAAA